AUGGAAGACCUCCACGACCUGCACCUCCCCCACCAACUCCCCACCUCCACCAAAACCCUCACCGCCCGCUGCCACUGCCGCACCAUCCACUUCACCAUCACCCUCCCAACCUCCGCCCUCCCCCUCCCCGUCCACCUCUGCAACUGCUCCAUCUGCCGCUACACCCACGGCACGCUCUCCUGCUUCCACGCGCCCCUGCCCAAAGGCAUCCAACCCUCCUUCCUCCCCCCCUCCUCCCUCGAAUCCGCCGCCACGGGAUACAUCCACUCCCCCCUUGCGGCCGCCACCCGCUUCUUCUGCAAGACUUGUGGAUGUCAUAUUGGGGAUCGGGACCAUGACCUGGAUCCGGAGACGGGAUUGCCGGAAUGGCGCGUCGCUACGUCUAUCUUCGAACCUACGCAUGACCCGGACAAUUUCCAGAUCCGCUCGCAUGUUUUCGCUCCCAAGGUAUCUGACGACGCCGAUCCCGGGAUGGCGACGUGGGUGCCUGAGAUAGCGGGGAGGAAGAUGCACGUGUGGAAUCCGUCGCAAGAGGAGGCAGAGAAGUAUUUUCCGUUGGCGGAGGUCGGACCGGCGGAUCCGGAUCCAAGGGGGGAGGUCGGGGAGGACGAGGUGGUGGUGCAGUGUCAUUGUGCGGGGGUCAGGUUUGUGAUGCCGCGGCCGGAGAAGGGGGGAGAGGAGGGACAUGAGUUGUUUAGACGGUUUUUGCAGCCUAGGCAGAGGGUGGUUACCACCUCUGGGACUGAGGUUGAGGCCGAGGCUGGGCAUCACCAGGAGGCUCGGCUCAACCGCGCAGCCUGCAUCUGCCUCUGCGCCGACUGCCGUCUCACCACCGGCGCCCACGCCGUAGCCUGGACCUUCGCCCCCCUAUCCUCCCUGCGCCCAACCAUCCCAUCAACCUUUACCGGCUUCGGCACGCUACAGGCGUAUGCCUCCUCUCCCAACGUCCGCCGAGGAUUCUGCAACACCUGCGGCGCGACGGUGUUUUUCUCGGUCGAUGGUCUCGAGGAGAGGGUGUAUCAGGGGGAUGGGGAAAAGGGGAGAGUGGUGGAUGUAGCGGUUGGGUUAAUCAGGGAGAAGGAUAGGAGUAAAAAGGGGGUAGGGUUGGAGGAUUGGGUGACUUGGCGGACGGGGAGGUUGGCGGGGCCGGAUACGGGGAGGAAGUUUGAUGAGGCGUUUUUUGAGGGGUUGGAGAAGGGGCUGGGGGAGUGGGGGGAACGGAGGUAUGGGGAACGGAUUGAUUAUGAGGUGCCUUAA